CCGACAGCUAGAAUGCGCGUGCGCACGAGGCGCACGAUAAACUAAGCCUGCUUCCGAUAUAAACCUCCUUGCACUCGCCUUAUCCCUUCUGUGCUGUGGAAGCUCCGUCUCCUCCGCCAUGGCCGCUGCGUUUUCUCUUGCAAAGCCUACUUGCGCUCUUCAUCAGGGUAGUUUUGGCCAUGAUGGCAUUUCAAAUGUUAGUAAGCAAUACAUGUUCCCUCGAAUUGCGAAAUUGCACCCAAAUUACACCCACAUUCCAACUUCAAGUGGCCAUGGGCAAGCGUUGUCGUCGAAGUCUAAGUAUUCAGUUUGCGUUCCUGUCAAGCAAAUUUCGAAAACACAAUCAGCAGGGUACCGAAGAAUGGUGUGCACCAGCUCUAUGGCACCGGGUCUAGAGCUGCAAGCAAAAGUAACAACAAAGUGCUUCUUCGAUGUAGAAAUUGGGGGUGAGCCUGUGGGAAGGAUUGUGAUGGGCCUCUUUGGAGAGGAGGUUCCAGUCACUGUUGAGAACUUCCGUGCGCUGUGCACAGGAGAGAAGGGAUUUGGCUACAAGGGUUGCUCCUUUCAUCGGAUUAUUAAGGAUUUUAUGAUCCAGGGUGGGGACUUUCAAGCAGGAAAUGGAACUGGAGGAGUGAGCAUAUAUGGUUCCAAGUUCAAAGAUGAAAACUUCAACUUAAAGCACAUUGGACCUGGAGUAUUGAGCAUGGCUAAUGCAGGUCCUGAUACCAAUGGCAGCCAAUUUUUCAUAUGCACUGUAAAGACGCCGUGGUUGGAUAAACGUCAUGUCGUGUUUGGACACAUCAUAGUGGGAAUGGAUGUCGUACGGAAGCUCGAAUCCCAAGAAACAAGUAGAAUGGACACACCCAAGUUGCCCUGCAGGAUUGUCAACUGUGGAGAGCUGCCCAUGGACAGCUGAUUGGCUCAUUCACAUCAACGAACACAGGCGUGAAAUCCUUUGUUUGGCCCAUAUUGUUUUGUUUGGCCCAUUUCUUCAUCUUAUUUUGCUUUACUAAUUUCAAUCAAGCUUUGGUGGCUGCUAGAAAACAAUUAUGAGUGUGGAAAUAUUACAGAAUACAUUAUAAGUGAAUGUAUGUCUGUUCCACAGAGGCAUGCAUACUUA